AUGUACACGACCGCCUCCCUGUUCUUCCGGACGCUCUCCUCCUACGGCAUCACACAUGCAUUCGUCAACUGGGGCUCCGAUCAUUCCGCCUUCCUUGAAGAUCUCCAGCGCCAGCGUCUCGAGUCUGGAGACGGCACGACGUUGAUCGAGAUCGUCACUUGUCCCAGCGAGUAUAUUGCGCUCAGCGCCGCGCAUGGGUACGCACUCGUUACCGGUCGGCCAGCAGCAGUCAUCGUGCACGUGGACGUCGGAACACAGAGCAUGGCGGGCGCCGUGCACAACGCAGACCGUGGCCAAGUCCCUAUAUUCAUCUUCUCCGGAGGAGCACCCUUCAGCGCAAACGGAGAGCUGCGCGGGUCGAAAAACGAGUACAUUAUGUGGCUACAAGAUGUACCGGACCAGCCCGCGAUUGUGCGUCAAUAUAUGCGCUACACAGGGCAGAUACACAGCCCCAAGAACGCGGCCAAGGUCAUUGCUCGUGCAUUGCAGAUCUGCACAAGCCAACCGAAAGGCCCGGUAUAUCUCUGGGCACGAAGGGAGGUCACAGACGAAGAGAUUGACGAAGAGGUGCUGAAUGCCAAGGUUCCAUUCCACAAGUGGCCUUCAGUAACACUUCCCGCUCUCACUUCUGAAGUUGUCGACACAAUCACAUCCGCCCUCUGCACGGCCUCCUUCCCCCUCAUCAUCACCGCGUGCGCCGGCCGCAACCCAGCUGCCGUCCCGCUUCUCACCUCCCUCGCAGCCGCGCUUGAAGUCGGCGUGCUGACCGCGUUCGGUGCCGUCGUCAACAUCCCAUACAGCGAUCCCCACUCUCUCGGCUAUGCUUUCCACGGCACACUGCCCCAUAUCGCAGAUGCAGAUGCGAUCCUCCUGCUCGACACUGAGGUGCCCUGGAUCGACGUCGCGAACGCCGGGCCAAAACCCGGUGCCAAGGUGUUUGUCGUCAACAACGACCCGCUCAAACGCACCCACGGCUGGCACCACGUCGAUGCCGACCUCGUCUGCGUCGCCGACGCCGCAACCGCGCUCGCCCAGCUCCUCGCCGCUGCGCGCGCGGACCUCACCUCCCCCAACCCGCGGCUGACCGCAGAGCGCCUCGCCGCGCGCCGCGCUCACAUCGCGCGCCUGCGCACCGCGCACGUCGACGGGCUGGCGGAGGCGGAGCGCGUCCCCGCGGCCGCGCUUGCGGACCGUCCGAGCGUCCCCGCGGUCCUCGGUGCGCUGCGCGCGGCCGCGGACGGGCAGAGGAGGACGGUGCUCUUCCUCAACGAGGCCGUCUCCGCCUCGGGGCUCGUGUGGAACCACCUCGCGCCCGAUGCCGCGGGGAGCAUGUUCAUGUCCGGGGGCACGAGCAUCGGGUGGGUGCUCGGCGGCGCGAUCGGCGCGUGCCUCGGAUCGCAGGUGCGCGCCCGUGCGGGCGAGGGAGCGGGCGGCUUCGAACUCGUCGUCGCGGUCUCGGGGGACGGGAACUUCCUGUUUGGCGUGCCGACGGCGGCGUUCUGGGCGGCGCGGCGGUACCGCGCGCCGUUCUUGACGAGUCCGCAGUUUUCGAUCUCGAAGGACAGGCUUACAGUCGGCUUCGGGGACGACAGCGCGGAUUACGGCGGGGUCGCGGCUGCUGCGGGAGGCGCGUGGUCCGCGCGUGUGUCUCGCGCCGACGCGCUUCAGGCGACGUUCGAGCAGGCAGUCAAAGUCGUCUUGGAAGAGAAGCGGUGCGCGGUCGUGGAGUGCUUGGUCCUUCUCAACUACGCUGCAUGCAUGAACUCUCUCGACUUCGGCUUCAAGGGUUGA